UAUUUUCGGCGAGAUUGAGAAGAAGAACAUGGCAUCUGAUGGUGUCACUUGCGUCUAAGAUUUCAACUUAUUUUUGGAAUUUCAUUUUGAAAAAUCCAAAUUUCCACGUGAUUAAUUGAAACGUUGAAUAAUGUCGGCGCCAGAGUCCAAAGUGUCUGCUUGCAGCAAACUGGGGUUGAAACCUCUCACUUCUCAGAACUUGUUAUUUUACUACGCUCCAGCUCAGGGGGUUCUGAGCUAUACAGCCCUAUCGGUGAAUGUUAUGAACCCUUCUCUAGUUCUGAGAGUAUUUCCAAAAAGGGACAUAACCAAUAUCUUACUAUUCAAUGCUCUGCUGGGAAGUGGACUGUAUCUGUAUAACAGGCCGCAUCUAGCCGUCCUGCCACCCAAAGAAAAGCUCCUCUAUAGCGCUUUUGGUGCUGUAACUUUCUCACUGGGGUCAGUGUUGAUCUGGGCGAUUAUCAGGAGUGUGGUGCCCCAAAAUGUGGCUCUUUGCACAGCUUGCGGAAUAGGCUCGGGCCUGGCACUGAUCAAAAUCGGCACAAGUUACGCCAACUCAGUGGAUUCUUUAGUACCGAAAGCCUCUUAAUUUAUUCACUUAUUUUUAAAGACUGCAUAGGUAGUUUCUUAUAUAUGACUUGUUGAUUUGCCUUCGCGUUGUGCCCGUAAUGUGUUGAAAAUUAAACCUACAUCUAGUGAA